CCCCACUCGCGCUUCCGUCCUCCCCAUUCUUCCACUCUCCGUCCUCCCCCAUUCUCCCACACUCUCCCUUCUUUUCUCCCACAGAGAUGCCGGACAAGGAGAGCGGGCGCGACAAGGAGGGGGAGAGGCAGGAGGAGGGUGAGGCUGGGAUGACGGAGGAGACUGAGGGCUGGCUGGAGAUGCCGUCCUCGUACACGGAGACUCUGAGCACCUUCUGCAGUACGACCACCAUCCACGGGGCGGUGAGGCUGAUCUGUACGGAGGGCAAUCGGAUGAAGACCAGCCUGUGGGCAGCCAUCCUGGCACUCACGCUGGGUGCCAUGUACUGGCAGAUCGGUCUCACCUGCCGGCAGUACCUCCAGUUCCCGGUUCAAAUCUCCCUGUCGAUCCACAGCGGCAACAUACAGUUCCCCACUGUCACCGUCUGUACUCUCAACCCAUACCGGUACAAAGAGGUAAGCGCAGAUCUGAGGGAGUUGGACCUUUUGACCCAAGAGGCCCUAUUCGUCCUGUACGGCUACGGGGCCUCCGGGGAUGGAGCUCCCACACCACCCACCCAGGGCCCCCGAGCGGCCAUCCCACGGCGCCUGGGCUUGCGGCUGAUCAACCCUGAGGGGCGGCGCGGUUCGCCAGCCCUGGAGAUCAGGCCCCGACGAGGGAGAGGUGGCGGCGGCGGCGAAGGGGAUGCCUGGGCCCACAGCCCGCCUCUGGCCCGCAACAGCUCCUGGAAGAUCGGCUUCGAGCUGUGCAAUUCCACUGGCGGAGACUGCUUUUACAACUGGCACUCAUCCGGCGUGGAUGCCCUGAAGGAGUGGUACACUUUCCACUACGUGAACCUUAUGGCACGUAUCUCCCUUGAUGCAGCACCCUUGGACGAGGCGAAGAUGGGAGAGUUCGUCCAGGAUUGUCGGUUCAAUGGCUUCGCCUGUAGGGAGAGUUUCGACACAUCCUUUCACCAUCCAGUUUAUGGAAACUGUUACACCUUCAACGGGAUUAACAACAGCUCCCAGUGGGAAUCCUCCAAGGCCGGUAAAGACCACGGUCUGUCCCUUGUGCUCAGGAUCGAACAGAACGAUUCCAUUCCCUUCCUGUCGACGGCAGCUGGAGCCCGCAUGAUGGUUCAUGAUCGGGGUCGCUCUCCCUUCAUGGAGGACGGUGGCUUUGAUAUUCGCCCGGGACUGGAGACUUCCGUCAGCAUGAGGAAGGAGGUGGUCUCUCGCCUUGGAGGGCCGUACAGUGACUGCACAGAGAACGGCUCUGACGUCCAAGUUCGUAACCUCUACAAAUCCGACUACACCCAGCAGACUUGCGUCCGUUCUUGCUUCCAACUCACCAUGGUUUCCCGCUGCGGCUGCGCCUACUAUUACUACCCGCUGCCCACUGGAGCGGAGUACUGCAAUUACAACAAGCACACUGCUUGGGGACACUGUUAUUACCGGUUGGCACAGGAAUUCACUGACGAUGUCCUCGGUUGUUUCAAAACCUGUCGGAAGCCGUGCAAGCAAACUGAAUAUCAAAUGACAGCUGGAUAUGCAAACUGGCCGUCAAAAAAUUCAAUGAGCUGGAUGAAUCCUCUCUUCCAGAAACAAAACCAUUCCGCCCCCUCGAACAGGAAGGAAUUGGCCAAACUGAACCUCUUCUUCCGUGAGCUGAACUACAAAUCAAUGAGGGAGACCCCAGCAAUGCCUGUGGCGCUUAUGCUCGCCAACUUGGGAAGCCAAUGGAGUCUCUGGCUUGGAUCUUCCGUCAUGUCUGUCCUGGAGAUGGUGGAGCUUGCCUUCGACCUCAUCGCCCUCGCCGCCAUCUUGCUUUGGGCCCGCCCUCCAGGGCCGUCCGCCGAGGACACCGCCCGUCCCUCAGACCCUAUCCCUCAUGUCCCCCCCUCAUUCUUCUAAACACCAAUGAGUACGGACCUGACCUCUCCCUGAUAAGACAGUUCCACAAACCCCCCGGGAUCAGCUGAGUGAACCUUCUUUGGACUGCCUCCAAUGUCAGUCCAUAUAGUUUCAGAUACCAGGCCCCAAAACUGUUUGUGAUAUCCCAGCCUUGUAGAGCUUCAGCAAAACCUCUCCCUACCUUAUACUUCAUUCCCUCGGAACCAACAGUCGAUUUGCCUUCUCAAUUCAGAGGCUGAACAUGGGCACUAGGUUUUGUGACUUUAUGUACCAGUUCACCCCAAAACCCUCUGUCCCGCAGCUUUCCGCAGUGUUUCACCUUCUAAAUAAUAUCCAGCUCCUCUAUUCUUCCGGUCAAAGUGCGGGAUUCGUCAAACACUCUCCGCCUCAAAAUGACUGGAGCAGGCAGCAGAUUUGGAGGGACAACAGUUUGAGGAUGAGGCAUGAUGUGAUGCUGGGAUCAAAAUUUGGCGAG